CUUCAGUGCUCCAUUUAUUUCUGGAGUUGGUGUCAUUUGAGGAUGUGGCUGUGGACUUCACCUGGGAGGAGUGGAGGGACUUGAAUGAUGCUCAGAGGACUUUGUACAGGGAUGUGAUGUUAGAGACCUACAGCAGCCUGGUGUCAUUGGGGCACUGCAUUAAUAAACCUGAGGUGAUCCUCAAGUUGGAGAAAGGAGCAGAGCCAUGGAUAAUAAAAGAACAUCGCGCAGAUAUCCAGAUAAUCAAUGAUCUAAUUGAGAGGAGCCCUGAAAGUCAUGGUAAAUAUUUGUGGCAAGGUGUAAUCAUCAAUGGCAACCAAUCAACUGAGGAGAGAGUGGAGUUAGGAAAAUCAUUGAAUUUGAGUUCAAUGCAUAUUUCAAAUCUGGUUAUAAAUAAUGGAAACUAUUCAGGAGUGGGGCAUGAGGAGUUUAAUGUAUGUCAGAAUGCACUUCUUUCAGAGACUGAUGUCAUGUAUCCUGGAGAGAAAACUGAUGAGGAUAAUACAUCUGAGAAAUCACAGAGUCAUCAUGAGCAUCUUAGUCAGCAUCCUAAGAUUCCAGAUGGGCAACUUUUUGAAUAUAGUGGAAAAGGACAAUCCUCCAACACAGCGCCAAUAGUAUUUACAUAUAAGAAAAUUCAUAUGGGUGAGACCACCUGUAAAUAUAAUCAAUAUGGGGAAACCUGUAAUAAGUCAGCUGUUAGUGUCCAAGAAAUAACUCAGGUAAUGAAGAAAACUUUUCAAUGUGAUGUAUGUCGGAAAAUGUUCUAUAAAAAGGCUAAUCUUACUCAACAUCAGAUUAUACACACAGGAGAGAAACAUAUAUACAGUGAAUGUCAGAAAUCUUUUAUUAAGCAAUCAUACCUUAUCUCAUAUCAGGGAACAUCUAUGGGGAAGAAGCUUUAUCCAUGUAAUGAACAGGAGAAAUUUUUCCAUCAGAAGUCAGACCUUCCUGUAAAUUGUAGAACUCACACAGGGGAAAAGUCCUAUGGAUUUAUUAAGUGUGACAAAAUCUUUCAUGAGAAUUCACUUCUCAGCUGUUAUCAGGCAAUUCACACUAGUGGAAAAUCAUGUGAAUGUAAUGGAUGUAGAAAAUCUUUCUACCAUAGUUCUGCCCUUAGUGCAUGUCAGAGAAUUCACAUGAGUGAGAAGCUAUAUGAAUGUGAAGAAAGUCAAAUUUUCUCCAGUAAGUCAAAACUCGAGAAACAUGAGAGAAUUCACAAUGGUGAGAAACCCUUUGAGUGUAACACAUGUGGAAAAACCUUUAACCAGAAUUCAAACUUCAGCAUGCAUAAGACAAUUUAUAAUGAAUGUGGAAAAGGUUUUAACAUAAAGUCAAACCUAAACAGAUAUCAGAGAAUUAACCCAGGUGAGUACCACUAUGAAUGUAAAGAAUGUGGGAAAGCUUUUAACCAAAAGUCACCCUUCACAUUGCAUCAGAGAACUGACCUGGGUGAGAAGCCCUACAAAUGUAAUGGAUGUGGGAAAAUGUUUACUAACAAAUCCUUCAAGAUGCAUCAGAGUACUCACACAGGGAAAACACCUUAUAAAUGUAAAGAAUGUGGAAAAGCUUGUAGCCAAAAGUCAGUUCUCGGGAUACAUGAGAGAAUUCACACAGGUGAGAAACCAUAUGAAUGUACAGAAUGUAGAAAAACUUUUAACCGAAGGUCACACCUCAGUGUUCAUCAGAGAAUUCACACAGGUGAGAAACCAUAUGAAUGUAAAGAAUGUGGAAAAGCUUUUAACCGAAAGUCAGCCCUCAGCAGGCAUCAGAGAAUUCAUACAGGUGAGAAACCAUAUGAAUGUAAAGAAUGUGGAAAAGCUUUUAACCGAAAGUCAGCCCUCAGCAGGCAUCAGAGAAUUCAUACAGGUGAGAAACCAUAUGAAUGUAAAGAAUGUGGAAAAGCUUUUAAGUUAAAGUCACACCUCAGGAUGCAUCAGAGAAUUCACACAGGGGAGAAACCAUAUGAAUGUAAAGAGUGUGGGAAAGCUUUUAAGUUAAAGUCACACCUCAGCAAGCAUCAGAUUACUCACAGAGGUGACAAACCAUAUGAAUGUAAAGAAUGUGGAAAAGCUUUUAAGUUAAAGUCACACCUCAGCAUCCAUCAGAUAAUUCACACACGUGAGAAACCAUAUGCAUGUAAAGAAUGUGGAAAAUCUUUUAACCAAAAGUCUCACCUCAGCAGGCACCAGAGAAUUCACACAGGUGAGAAACCAUAUGAAUGUAAAGAAUGUGGAAAAGCUUUUAACCGAAAGCCAGCCCUCAACAGACAUCAGAGAAUUCACACAGGUGAGAAACCAUAUGAAUGUAAAGAAUGUGGAAAAGCUUAUAAACGAAAGUCACACCUCAGGAUGCAUCAGAUUAUUCACACAGGUGAGAAACCAUAUGAAUGUAUAGAAUGUGCAAAAGCUUUUAACCAGAAGUCACACCUCAGUGGGCAUCAGAGAAUUCACACAUGUGAGAAACCGUAUGAAUGUAAAGAAUGUGGAAAAGCUUUUAACCGAAAGUCACACCUCAGCAAGCAUCAGAUAAUUCACACAGGUGAGAAACCAUAUGUAUGUAAUGAAUGUGGAAAAGCUUUUAAUUUAAAGUCAACCCUCAGCAUGCAUCAGAUAAUUCACACAGGUAAGAAACCAUAUGAAUGUAAAGAAUGUGGGAAAGCUUUUCACCAAAAGUCACAUCUCAGCAUGCAUCAGAGAAUUCACACAGGUGAGAAACCACAUGAAUGUAAAGAAUGUGGAAAAGCUUUUAAUUUUAAGUCAACCCUCAGCAUACAUCAGAGAAUUCACACAUGUGAGAAACCAUAUGUAUGUGAAGUAUGUGGAAAAGCUUUUAACCAAAAGUCAAACCUCAGCAUGCAUCACAGAAUUCACACAUGUGAGAAACCAUAUGAAUGUAAAGAAUGCGGAAAAGCUUUUAACCAAAAGUCAACCCUCAGCAGGCAUCAGAGAAUUCAUACAGGUGAGAAACCAUAUGAAUGUAAAGAAUGUGGAAAAGCUUUUAAUUUAAAUUCAACCCUCAGGAUGCAUCAGAGAAUUCACACAUGUGAGAAACCGUAUGAAUGUAAAGAGUGUGGGAAAGCUUUUAACCAAAAGUCGCACCUCAGCAUGCAUCACAGAAUUCACACAGGUGAGAAACCAUAUGAAUGUAAAGAAUGUGGAAAAGCUUUUAGUUUUAAGUCAACCCUCAGCAUGCAUCAGAGAAUUCACACAUGUGAGAAACCAUAUGAAUGUAAAGAAUGUGGAAAAGCUUUUAACCAAAAGUCAACCCUUAGCAUGCAUCAAAUUCAUACAGGUGAGAAACCAUAUGAAUGUAUAGAAUGUGGGAAAGCUUUUAUGCAGAAGUCACACCUCAGCAUGCAUGAGAUUAUUCACACAGGUGAGAAAUCAUAUGAAUGUAAAGAAUGUUGAAAAGCUUUUACCGAAAGUCACACCUCAGUAUGCGUCAGAUUAUUCACACAGGUGAGAAACCAUAUAAAAAAGAAACCAUAUGUAUGUAAAGAAUGUGGAAAAUCUUUUAAGCGAAAGUUGCACCUCAGCAUGCACCAGAGAAUUCACACAUGUGAGAAAUCAUAUGAAUGUAAAGCGUGUGGAAAAGCUUUUGACCAAAUGUAAACUGUCAGCAUGCAUCAGAAUAUUCACACGGGUGAGAAGCUGUGUGAAUGUAAUGAAUGUGGAAAAAAUUUUUCUUAUGAAGUCACUGUUUAGAAGACAUCAGGAAAAAACUCCUUAUGAAUGUAAUAUGACUAGCCUUAUACUGGAAUUCCCCCUAAUAGACAGAAAAGAAUUCACACAAAGGAAAAUCUCAAUGAAUGUAAUUUGUAUUGGAAAAGAUUUUGCUAGAAGCCAUAACUAAGACAUCAGAGAACUUUCAUCAAGAAGAAUACCUGUAAAUAUACAACUGUCCUCAGGUAUUGAAGAUUGUCUUGAGGAUCCCCUAUUGAUAUAAAAAUUUGCUCAAGUCCCUUCUAUAAAUGGUGUAGUGUUUGUGUACUUUACAUCUUGUGUAGAUUACUUAUACUGGAAGAAAUGUGAAUACUAUUGAAAUAGUUGUUAUACUGUGUUGUUUUCAGUAGUAAAAUUGUUUCAUUUAUCAUUUUUAUUUAUUUUUGAGGAUUUUUGAUAAGUAGUUGCUUCAAUCACUAGAUAUGUAACCCUCAGAUAUGGAAGGAGGACUGUAAUGAGUGUGAAAACAUCUUUUCUGCAAGUCUCAAGACUGGGUGUGGUUAGAACAUUGUUGCUUACAACAUUGUGCUCAUGACACAAAUGAUCACCAUACCAGCCAUGCACCAAAAAAUAAAUAAAAAUUAAAAAGGAAUCACAUCACAGCAGACAUUAGAGAAUUUAAAGAGUGGAGAAAUUGUGUAUGGAUUAGACUGAUUGUGUCUUUUUAAAAUAUAACCACUCUUUUCUCUUGUAUGCAUAGCCUGCAAUCUGAGUGUUCCACGAUUGGGUGUAUGACCACAUAAUUUAACUCUGUUUGGGGGAACGUAGAUAUAAGUGAUGAACAUUACUUCCAGCUCAGUCAGCAAAAUAAAAGAAAAAAAAUUCCAUGCGGUUGUUCUUGAUUUCUCAUGUUUUCUGGGACUGAAUGAAAAUGACGCUUGGGUGGAGUUUGGGGCUACAGGUGAAAGAAAUGCACCCUAAUUUAAAAUAGAAGAAAUUGAAUAAAUCAGAGAUAUUCUCACCACUAUCCCCAAACCUCCAUUUAUGCAUUAUAUAAGAAAUUAUUUCCUUGUUGAGCCAUUGUAUGUGUGCUGUGUUUACAUUACAACACAAGCAGGCCACUCCAGCUAAAUAAUUUUAUAAACUUUCUGAGAAGUUCCCAGUCUCUGUAUAUGAGAAGAGAAUCCUGUGUUGUCACCUUUUACACCCAAAUCAGUUUAUUGGAAAAUCAAAUCAUGGGGAUAAAGAGUGGAAUAAAUGUGGGAUAUCUUAUUGGGACAGCUCAUUGGACAGUGAAAAUAAAUAUCUUUCUAAAUCUCUUUAAUGUAUCAAAGCUUUCAAGAAAACAACACUUCUUAUGUCAGAAUUUGAAAUGAAGAGAAAACUAAUAAAUGUAAAAUUUUCAUAUGGAAAUGAAAAUUGGAAUAUUAAAGGCAUUUUUAACAU